AUGGCGAAUGAAGCCAACCCCUGCCCGUGCGAUAUUGGAGACAAAUUUGUCUAUGAGGGUUGUGGGCAGGAAGUACAAGUCGAGCACAUCAAGGCAUAUGUUUGCAAACCAUCUGGAAAAUCAGACAAAGCUGUGAUUGUGAUUCAUGAUAUAUUUGGAUGGCAACUCCCAAACACCAGAUAUAUGGCUGAUCUGCUCACAGCUAAUGGAUACAUAGCCAUCUGCCCAGACUUUUUUGUGGGACAGGAAGCUUGGAAACCUUCUAAUGACUGGGCUUCUUUCGAUGAUUGGCGGAAAACUCGAGAUUGCAACAAAAUAGACAAGGAAGUUGACGUCAUCUUGAAGUACCUAAAGGAACAAUGUGGCGCAAAGAAGAUUGGGGUCGUUGGGUUUUGCUGGGGUGGAGCAGCAGUACAUCAUUUGAUGCUGAAAAAUCCUCAUUUAAGGGCUGGGGUGUCUGUCUAUGGAGUGAUUAGUCUUUUUGAGGAUGCAUACAGUUUACUUCAUCCCACCUUCUUCAUUUUUGCUGAAAAAGAUGAUUACAUUCCACUGGAACAGGUUACCCUGCUGGAGCAGAAGCUUAAGGAAAACUGUAAAGUUGAACAUGAGGUUAAAAUUUACCCUGGACAAACUCAUGGCUUUGUACAUCGCAAAAGAGAAGAUAUCAAUCCUCAAGAUAAACCUUAUAUUGAGCAAGGAAGAAAGGAUAUGAUCAACUGGCUGAAUAAAUACAUUUAG